AUGGCAGGAACGGCGUCAAUCAUGUGUCGAGCUCUGCUGAAAACGCAUGCUGUUGCCAAACCUUUGCACUUGGCGCCCGCGGUUUACGCACAACGGAAACAAACCUACUUGGUUCGGUUAAUAAAAAGAAAGAAGAUAGAAAGCAUGGCAGGAACGGCGUCAAUCAUGUGUCGAGCUCUGCUGAAAACGCAUGCUGUUGCCAAACCUUUGCACUUGGCGCCCGCGGUUUACGCACAACGGAAACAAACCUUUGCGUCGAAGCAGAAGCGGAUUGUGGUGGAGAAGCCGGUGGUGGAACUUGAUGGCGACGAAAUGACGCGCAUCAUUUGGCAGAUGAUCAAGGACAAACUCAUAUUUCCUUACCUUCAGGUGAUCAUUUGUUUCUGCACUACAUCAUUCCAUUCUAUUUUAGGGAGAAGGGGGGUCUUGCAGUAUCAAGUUACUUUCGAAAUUGUGGAAAGUCUUUACUAUGACCUGGGCCUGCCCUACCGAGACCAGACGAAUGACCAGUGCGGACUGCUUCUCGCACAGUUUCUCAAAUUCGACUUCCUUUACACCGAGAGCGGAUUGCCGUGGUUUCGGAACAUUCUGGGCGGGACCGUUUUCAGGGAGCCCAUUUUGUGCAAGUCUAUUCCGAGACUCGUGCCGGGAUGGACGCAGCCGAUCGUCAUUGGGCGUCACGCUCACGGAGACCAGUACAAGGCGACUGACAUGGUGCUGCCUGGGAAUGGCAAGGUGGAGCUUAUCUACACACCAGCAGAUGGCAGUGCUCCAGUGCGCAGGGAAGUCUUCACCUUCAAGGAUGGAGGUGGUGUUGCUUUGGCCAUGUACAACACUGAUCAGUCCAUCAGGGAUUUCGCUCACUCUUCCUUUGAAUAUGCUUUGAAAAUGAAGUACCCCUUGUACAUGUCAACCAAGAACACCAUCCUGAAGAAGUAUGAUGGGCGAUUCAAGGACAUCUUUGAGGAAAUCUACCAAAAGGAAUACAGGAGCAAGUACGAAGCAGCCAAGAUCUGGUAUGAGCACAGACUCAUUGAUGACAUGGUGGCACAGGCCCUCAAGUCCAGUGGUGGCUUUGUGUGGGCCUGCAAAAACUAUGACGGGGAUGUGCAGAGUGAUAUUGUGGCUCAGGGCUAUGGGUCUCUCGGUUUGAUGACCUCUGUCCUGGUGUGUCCCGAUGGGAAGACCAUCGAGGCUGAGGCUGCCCAUGGAACUGUUACCCGACACUACAGACAGCACCAGAAGGGAGAAAAGACGUCCACGAACCCAAUUGCUUCCAUUUUUGCGUGGACCCGGGGCCUGGAGCACAGGGCCAAGUUGGAUGGGAAUGCUCAGCUCGACAGGUUUUCAAAAACAUUGGAGCAAGCCUGUGUGGAUACUGUUGAUUCAGGAAAAAUGACCAAGGAUCUCGUGGCUUGCAUUCAUGGGCUCAAGAAUGUCAAGGAAGGCAUGUUCUUACACACUGAAGACUUCAUGGACGCUAUUGCAGAGAAUCUGGAGAAGAAACUCAAAGUGUAAAAGCCAAUUCAGAAUAUCUCUUCUUUUUCUUGCAUUCAUCAGUGACAGAGAGAAGCUGUAAUCCAAAGCAGAAGGAAAUAUUUUAGGAAACAGUAUUUCAAAGCAUUUCUGAGGCAGUUUUUCCAAAGUAAACAGGGAGGUUUUGCUUUUUUCGCCUGUUCACAUUCCUUGCUAAGACUGAUGUUUUGUUUAAUCUUCAAUUAAUGUUUGGAAAAUUACUCCUGCAGAUAAUAAAUACCUGUUCAGAGACUCCCAUAGGGAUUUGCAGAACCUGGGUUCUUGUCAUGAUUGUGUUCAACUACAGGUUAUUUUUUUGCAGGAGUAAUUUUUCAAAUGCGAAUUUUUUGUGAGAAUUAGGUUGAAAAGAAUAGGAAAGCUUGUGUUCUGGGAUUUAAAAAAAGUGAAAUGAGAGCUUGUGAGUCAAGGACAUUAGUUUUCCUGUCUUUUUUUGGUGGAAGAGAGUUGAUUUUCUUGUGGUCAAAUUGUCACUGUUUUCCAUCUCAGUGAAUUUAGGAAAGCAAUAAAUGGUGGACCUGGAGAA